AUGCUUCUUAUGAUGAUGCUGAGGUACAACAUUAAAUUAUUCUUGGGAUCUGUUGUGGGUUGUAUUAUAGUUGUCAUUUAUGAUCAGGGGAUCUGUAAUCUGGAGGAGGAUGAGCAAGACCUUCUGGCAAAACAUAAAAGGGCCAAUGCAGUGUCCAUAUCAUUAGAACAGGACCUACAACAGUGCAAAACACUGCUAGAAGCUGGUUUGCAACAUUGUCGAGAUCUUGAAAGAGAAAGUGGAUUACGUGAUAGGCAGAUAGUCGAAAAACUGGACCAAAUGAGUGAGAAAUCAUCAGAUCGAAUUUCCAGAGUAGGAGAUAUUCAUGAAAGGAUACAGAAUGAGCUUACUACCCUUGAAGACUUUCUCAGAGUUGUUGGUACAAAGAGACCAAAAGGUGAUGUUGUGCUUUGAUUUGUUGUCAGAUGAUCUUUGACAAGGACAUGCACAAAAUGGGAAAAAAGUUUGCACAAAAUGUUGUUGAAGCAAAAUUGUUCUAACCAAGUUGAUGAGCACGUUGGAAGAGUUUAUGUAAUAUAUUAUACAAGAAUGAUGGAAGAUAUAGUGAAUAUUAAGAAUUCUCUGUAGACAGGACAUAUGUGGACAUACGUAGUUUUGGCCUCUUUGUGCAUUACUUGAAGUUUCAUGUGUCUACAAUGAAUUAUUAAAUGUCAGCAUUUCAAUUCAAAUAUUGUAGAAUACUUGGAUUAUAAUUCACAGCUCAAUGUAUCUAUGUAUACCAAGAUAUAUCUGAGUCUGUAAAUUCUAAUGCAAAGUAUAUGCGAUUUAGCUGACAUGGCUAAUUUUCUGAAUUGCAUUGAAAUCUACUAGAUCUAUAUUGUAAACAUGAAUAAGCA